CUCGCAGAGGGAGGGGCCCAGGUCCGCACUUCAUGUGGCUCUCAGGGUCCACGGUCACCGGCCGCUCUCCGUGUCCACACUCGCUCUCCGUUCCCACCCCCGCCCACCGCCAGGAUGAUGUGCGGCGCGCCCUCCGCCACUCAGCCCGCCACUGCCGAGACCCAGGCCAUCGCCGACCAGGUGAAGUCACAGCUGGAGGAGAAGGAAAAUAAGAAGUUCCCUAUUUUUAAGGCUGUGGAGUUCCGGAGCCAGGUGGUCGCGGGGACAAACCACUUCAUCAAGGUUCAGGUUGGCGAUGACGACUUCGUGCACAUUCGAGUGUUUAAAAGCCUCCCACACGAAAACAAGCCCCUGGCCUUGUCCAGCUAUCAGACCAACAAAGCCAGGCACGACGAGCUGUCGUAUUUCUAGCUCCUGAGCUUGAACAGAUCCCGUGUUCCAUGCGGGUCUCCGUCCUCUGAGGACGUGUGUCUGGGAUCAUAAAUGAGUGUUGUCUCUACGCUGUGCCACAUGGGGUUGAGCGGGUGCUAUGUGCCCUCUGUCUGUAUUUCUAAAUUUCAUUGUGUUGAUUUUUGUCCUUUCAAUCAAUAAUCUUAACCACAUUACUUUCAAAGAGUGCUUAUUGUUCUCAAUUCUAUAUAUUUUAAUGUUUACAAGU